CCAAAAUUUUUAUGUGCCAAUCGCUAUACUGUCGUUGGGAUGAUGGGCAUAGUGUUUAAACUUGUCCUUUUGAUUCUCAUGCUUUGCCCCCUGACAAUCAACUCAAGCUUUCAGUACCUUACUUUUGUGCAACAAUGGCCGAAAGGCUAUUGUACAGCUAAUCCAAGCAGAUGUCAAAGAAACCCUCUACCAACCGUUUUCACAGUCCAUGGUCUUUGGCCGGGCAACUUCACCCAAAUUUUGCAAAAUUGCAAAAUAUCUGCAUAUACUCCACUACAGAAUUUCCAGGAUUGGAACAAUAGAAACUUACGGUGGCCAGACCUCGCCAAACCAUCGCCAACUAUGCAAAAUUUUAAACAGCCGAGGUUUCAAUCAUUUUGGGAACAUGAAUGGACAAAGCAUGGGACGUGCUCGGAAAACAUGUAUCCCCAAGCUACAUACUUCAGCAGGACUAUUCAGCUCAGUCAAGGACAUAAUAUUUUGAACUAUCUUGCCACAGGCAACAUAUCUCCCGGCAGCAAUCCUACCGUAAGGUCGGUAAAUUCUACUAUUUACAGAGCUAUCAGUAACCAUGUGCCAGAUUUGAUGUGUGUGACUCCUCCCCGUCAAACUCCAGCCUUGGUAGAAAUUGGCAUUUGUUUCACUGCUACUACGACAACGAUUAUUGAUUGUCCUUCACAAUUUCUGCGAACUGGGAGUUGUGGCACCGGCACCAUAAGUUUCCCUGCAUAAAUCAUCUCACCAUUU